UGCUGAUUGCCAUAGCAACCGUCGCCAUAACCGUUUAAUCGUUUUAACUGGUUUUAACUUUUUGUCUUUUUGUGAGUCUUCUUUUUGGAAUUGUUUGUUGACAUUUAAGAUCGUUUUGUUAGAUAAUUCAUUAGGUCUUAACACAUUCUCUAAAAUGAAAAUUGAAGAGGUAAAAAGUACAACUAAGGCACAACGUAUUGCUGCUCACAGUCAUGUAAAAGGAUUGGGCUUAGAUGAAAAUGGAUAUGCCCUUGAUAUUGCUGCCGGUCUUGUCGGCCAGAAAAAAGCUCGUGAGGCUGCUGGAAUAAUUGUAGACAUCGUUAAAUCCAAAAGAAUGGCUGGUCGUGGAUUGCUUGUUGCUGGUUCACCUGGUACAGGAAAGACUGCUAUUGCACUAGCUAUUGCUCAUGAAUUAGGCUCAAAAGUUCCCUUCUGUCCAAUGGUUGGAAGUGAAGUAUAUUCAUCAGAAAUAAAGAAAACUGAAGUUCUGAUGGAAAAUUUUCGGCGUGCUAUUGGGUUAAGAAUAAAGGAAGUAAAAGAAAUUUAUGAAGGAGAAGUGACUGAAAUAUCUCCAGUUGAAAGUGAAAAUCCUUUGGGUGGGUAUGGUAAAACUGUUACACAUGUCGUCAUAGGACUAAAAACUACAAAAGGAUCAAAAAAGUUGAAACUUGAUCCUUCAAUUUAUGAAAGCAUUCAAAAGGAGAAAGUAUGUACUGGUGACGUAAUUUACAUUGAAGCUAACAGUGGAGCUGUCAAGAGACAAGGAAGGUGUGAUGCAUAUGCAACAGAAUUUGAUCUGGAGGCGGAAGAGUAUGUUCCUUUACCUAAAGGAGAUGUUCAUAAGAAGAAAGAAGUUGUUCAAGAUGUUACUCUUCAUGAUUUAGAUGUUGCAAAUGCAAAACCACAGGGUGGACAGGACAUAUUGUCUAUUAUGAAUAUGCUUAUAAAGCCCAAAAAAACUGAAAUAACUGAUAAGCUUCGCAAAGAAAUAAAUAAAGUUGUAAAUAAAUAUAUCGAUCAAGGAGUAGCAGAGCUAGUUCCUGGAGUAUUAUUCAUUGAUGAAGUUCAUAUGUUGGAUAUAGAAUGUUUUACGUAUUUACAUAGAGCACUUGAAUCUACCAUUUCACCAAUAGUUGUCUUUGCAACAAACCGUGGGAUAUGUCCUAUUAAAGGUGCAGAAGAUGUGUUAUCUGCUCAUGGCAUCCCACGUGAUCUUCUCGAUCGUCUUAUGAUAAUUCGCACUGAGCCCUAUUCUUGUGCUGAAAUGUUUCAGAUCUUGAAAAUUCGAGCAAAUAUCGAAGGCGUAUCAAUUGAUGAAGAAUCUCUUCUAACUUUAGCAGAAAUAGGACAAAAAACAACUCUUCGAUAUGCUGUAUUGUUGCUGAGUCCCGCUAACUUAUCCGCUAAAGUGAAUGGACGUACAAGUAUUACAAAGCAAGAUGUGGAAGAAGUAAGAAAAUUAUUUCAUGAUGCGAAAACUUCAGCUGCACUUUUGAAAGAACAUAAUGAUAAAUAUCUGAAAUAAAGCUUUUGUCUCUUUCUACACUUUUUCCCAUCAAACUGUUAUUUUUUCAUAAGUUUUAUAUGCAUUAGCCAUAUGUUCAUUCAAUGCUGAAAAAAUGUUUGUAUUUUAUAUUAAAGUGUAUUAUUCAUC